AAAGUCUUUAAGUUUUAGACUCUAAAUUUUAGAGAAGUGUUAAACUGAAGUUCCUGGUUUUGAAGUGAAGACGAAAAAGAGCGUUAAACUCAUAUUAAACCAUGAAAAUCUGUCACAGUUUGAUCUUCUUCUUUCUCACACUUCAAGAUGGAAACAUUGGUCUCGUCAGUGGAGAUGGAAACACUGGUAUCACCAAAGUAGAAAUCCCAGUUUAUGAAAUGACUGAAGGAGAAACAAUCACAGUUAAAUGCAUGUUUUAUUGGUUAUCUGGUUUGGAAAGACAAAGGAAGAUGUUCUGUAGGAAUGAAUGUGAAAAGGGAGAUAUCCUUGUAGAAACAUCGAAGAAGAAAGCUCAAAAAGGAAGACACGGCAUCAGGCUAGGAUCAUCUGCUACAGAACUCUAUGUGACCAUCAGACACCUGAGGAAGUCUGACUCUGGACUGUACCAGUGUGUUUUGGAAAGGUUUGGACCAGAUGGGUAUGAUGAAUUUAGGAUUAAAGUAACAAAGGCUUCGUCAACGCUCAAACCGACCACUUUACUGAUGACUUCAGCUUCAGCUACGACUGAGCUGAGUUUCAGCUCCAGUUCAACCUCUGAGUCUGAACAUCAGCAGACGAUGACAGUAGAUCCAGGUCCAGCCACAGGACUGUACAUGAGUCUGACUGUUGUCGUCAUAGUCAUCCUGGCACCUCUGUUGGUCUUCUGCAAGAAGAGGACCAACAAACCAGCAGAACUCCAUGUGGAUACAGAGUAUGAUCUGAUUACAGACGAGAGACUGAGGGAAUUCAUGUGUCACCAACUUCACUCAACUCAGACUGGAGACUCCUCAGGUAUUUACACCUACUGUGAGCUGGAUUUUUCUGACCAGAUCUCCUCCUGGCUCAGCAGCGCCCCCCAGAGUCAGACUACUGAAGUGGUUUAUCGUGUUACUUUACCUCAGCAGCAGCGUCACUGAGGCCGAGGUCAAACCUGGGUGUCACAGAAAAAAACAAAAAAACACAUUCUGCACCAAAGUUAUGCUUCAGCUCAGAUCUGCUUCUGCUAGCUCUGCUUCAGUGUAAAUAUGAAGUUAUAUGUGAAGAGGAUAAGUGAGGUUAACUGAAUCAAGGGACUUGAUUUGUCAUAAAUUAUGUUCAUACGAGGAAACAUGAUAGACUGUUAUGUGGAGACAUUUAAAAUUUUGCCCAUUACAAGUAAAUGGGGAAAAAAAAGAUUCAUAAAAAUUCAUAAAAAAUUUGAACUUUGACCUACUGUUCUCAAAAUGUAAUCACAUCGAUUCAGGGUCA